AUGGAGAAACAGUUCAUAGCAGAGGUUAAGAUCCUUGGGGGAAUUUGGCACAACAACAUAGUGAAAUUGCUAUGCUGCAUCAGAGGAAAGACGACAAAGCUUCUUGUGUAUGAAUACAUGGACAAACAAUGCCUUCAUAAAUGGUUGCAUGGAAAGAAGAAAGGCUUAACUACUCAAGUCUUGAACUGGGAGACAAGACUAAAAAUUGCCAUUGGAGCUGCACAAGGCCUCUGCUAUAUGCAUCAUGAUUGCAGUCCACCCAUUGUUCAUCGAGAUAUCAAAUCCAGUAACAUACUCGUCGACUCUGACUUCAAUGUCAAGAUUGCAGACUUUGGACUGGCAAAGAUGAUGGCGAGUGAAGGAGAUCCAGAAACAGCAUCUGCUAUUGUGGGAACCUUUGGUUACAUUGCCCGGAAUCACAUAUAUCAUGGGAAUGCAGAAUACAGCAGAACAAGAAAAGUGGACGCGAAGAGCGACAUCUACAGUUUUGGCGUAGUACUCUCGGAAUUGACAACGGAAGAGAAGCAGCUGACAGGAAAUGAGGAUAUGAACCUGAGAAAGACGACAAAGCUUCUUGUGUAUGAAUACAUGGACAAACAAUGCCUUCAUAAAUGGUUGCAUGGAAAGAAGAAAGGCUUAACUACUCAAGUCUUGAACUGGGAGACAAGACUAAAAAUUGCCAUUGGAGCUGCACAAGGCCUCUGCUAUAUGCAUCAUGAUUGCAGUCCACCCAUUGUUCAUCGAGAUAUCAAAUCCAGUAACAUACUCGUCGACUCUGACUUCAAUGUCAAGAUUGCAGACUUUGGACUGGCAAAGAUGAUGGCGAGUGAAGGAGAUCCAGAAACAGCAUCUGCUAUUGUGGAACCUUUGGUUACAUUGCCCCGGAAUACAGCAGAACAAAAAAGUGGACGCGAAGAGCGACAUCUACAGUUUUGGCGUAGUACUCUCGGAAUUGACAACGGGAAGAGAAGCAGUGACAGGAAAUGA